GCUCACCCACAAUUUCAUUUCUUCAAAUUCAGUCAAAUAUGGGAAAAAAUUACCAAAGUUUUUCUUUCGCUAAUAUUGUUUCUCUGUUGAGUGCAUAUUUCAUAUGUUUCAGUAGCCAUUCAUCAUUUGGUUGCAUGCAACACGAAAGAGACUCACUUGUGGAACUCAAAGUAAGCUUUAAAGAUCCUUCGCUUAGACUCUCCUCUUGGGAAGGAAAUGAGUGUUGCAGAUGGAAAGGUAUUAGUUGCAGCAAUUUUACAGGACAUGUUGUUAAGAUUGACCUUAGGAAUCCAUGCUACCCUCCAACAAGAGGACAAGCAUAUCCAUCAAACUGUUCUUUCUCAAACUCUAAGCUUGAAUCUCCACAUCUCCAUCAUUCUCUUUCAAAUUUCAAAUAUCUUACCUAUUUGGACCUUAGUGGAAACAAUUUUAAUUCAACUCCAAUACCAAAGUUUCUCAAUUUUAUGAACGAGCUACAAUACCUUUCUCUCUCUGAUUCUCAUUUUAAUGGCAUGAUUCCAAACAACCUUGGCAACCUCACAAAAUUGACCUUUCUUGAUCUCAGUUUCAAUUCUUGGUUAUACUCUGAUGACAUCCAUUGGCUUUCAAAACUUUCAAUGCUCCGAAUCCUUUACCUGAAUAACGUUUUUCUUGGGAGGGCACAGAAUUUAUACAUGGCACUUAGCAUGAUCCCUUCUUUGUUAGAUAUAGACUUAACGAACUGCAGCUUAACCCAGAUGCAUAGAGAUGAUCAACUUGUUAGUUACACAAAUCUUUCUACCAUUGAGUCUCUUAGUCUUGCAAAUAAUGGACUUGAUGGUCCAGAUCUGUAUGCUUUUAGAAACUCCACUUCAAUCAAGUUUAUUUACCUUUCCAACAAUAAUCUUAGUUCAGUUCCAUUUUGGUUAGGCAAUUGUGCAAAACUUAAAACUUUAUAUCUUGGAAACAAUGCUCUUGGCUCACUUCCAUCCGCUCUGCAAAAUUUGACUUCCUUGACAUUGCUCGACAUUCCCCAAAACAAUAUUAAAACAGUUCCAUUAUGGUUAGGAGGGUUGGAGGGUCUUUUGUAUCUUAAUCUGUCAGUGAACCAUAUUGAGGAUCCUAUAACAUCAAUUCUAGAGAAUAUGUGUAAUCUUCUGUCGCUAGAUUUGUCUGCGAAUGGACUUCAAGGAGAUACGCUCGUGGGUAACUUACAGUCUACAAGAUGCAUGGGAUAUGCUUUGGAGGAACUGGACUUGAACAACAAUACUUUCAAUGAUCAUCUGCCAACAUGGUUGGGGAAGCUUGAGAAUCUGGUAAACCUUAAACUUCAAUCAAGUUUUUUCCAUGGUCCUAUUCCAAAUAUUUGGGGAAUGUUGUCUAACUUGAAAUCUUUAGUACUUGCUAACAAUCACUUGAAUGGAUCUAUUCCAAACUCUCUUGAGAAACUGGGGAAUCUAAGUUACUUGGACAUGUCUAAUAAUUACUUGUUUGGGGGUCUUCCUUGCAGUCUAACAACACUAGCAAAUCUAGAGUCUUUGCUUCUGAACAAUAAUAAUUUGACAGGGUCUCUUCCUAGUUGUAUUGGACAAUUUGUCAGUCUAAGCACCUUGGUUAUUUCUUCCAAUCAUUUUUAUGGUGUUAUUCCUAGGAGUAUUGUGAAACUAAGGACCCUAAAAAACCUUGUUGGGUCAGAUAACUCUUUAAGUGGAACAAUCCCACAAAACAUUGGUCAACUUUCAAAAUUGCAAACUCUUUAUCUUCAUAAAAAUAAUUUGACAGGGAAACUUCCUCAUAGUUUUGGUCAACUUGUAAACCUCCUUAAUUUAGACCUGUCUUUCAACAAUUUGGAAGAAGUCUUUUCUGAAAUAAAAUUUCCCAAGCUACUGGCCUAUGUGAAUCUCACCAAUAACCAUAUCACAGGAUCACUAUUCCAAAAUAUUGCUCAGAAGUUGCCUAAUCUUACUCACUUGCUCCUAGGAGGGAACCUCAUAAAUGAUUCCAUUCCAAACUCACUAUGCAAAAUAAACUCUUUGUACAAUCUUGACCUUUCAAGCAAUAAUUUAGUUGGAAACAUUCCUGACUGUUGGAGUUCAACUCAAAGAUUGGAUGUGAUUAACCUAUCAUCAAAUAAACUAUCAGGAGUUAUUCCAGGCACUAUUGGUCAUCUUACCACGUUGGCAUGGUUACAUUUGAAUAAUAACAGUCUUCAUGGGGAGUUUCCGUCAUUCUUGAAGAAUUUAAAGCAGUUGUUGAUCUUAGAUAUUGGAGAUAAUAAAAUGUCAGGGAAAAUACCUUCAUGGGUUGGAGACAUUUUCUCCUCAAUCCAAAUUCUAAGGUUAACACAAAACAAGUUUCAAGGUGACAUUCCAUCACAACUUUGCAAACUCUCAACUUUGCAAAUCUUGGACCUUUCCAACAACAUGUUGAUUGGUUCAAUCCCUCAAUGUAUUGGAAAUCUUACAGCAAUGAUUCAAGGAAGUAAACCAUUAGUUGCCAUAGCUCCUGGAGAGCCGAGGUAUGUUGAAUGGUAUGAACAAGAUGUCAGCCAAAUCAUUAAUGGAAGAGAAGAUCAUUAUACAAGAAAUCUAAAACUACUGGCUAAUAUGGAUUUUUCAAGCAACAAUUUGAGUGGACCUAUUCCUAAAGGAAUAACUCUUCUUACUGCUUUACGAGGCCUAAAUCUGUCACACAACCAUCUGUCAGGUGAACUUCCCAUGACCAUAGGGGACAUGAAGUCACUUGAAUCUUUGGACCUUUCUCAUGAUCAACUUUCAGGCUCAAUUCCAUACACCAUGUCUAGCUUAACUUUCCUAAGUCAUCUAAACUUGUCCUACAACAAUCUUUCAGGACCAAUACCACAAACAAAUCAAUUUUUAACACUUAAUGACGAUUCAUCUAUUUAUGUUGGAAACAAUUUUCUUUGUGGUACACCACUGUUGAAUCAUUGUGAUCCUAAUAAUAGAGUUGAUGAGGAUGAUGGUGAUGGUAAACAUGAUAAGGCUGAGAAAUUGUGGUUUUACUUUGUGGUAGCACUUGGAUUUGGUAGUGGCUUUUGGAUUGUGAUUGGAGUUUUGAUAUUGAAGAAGAGUUGGAGGCAUGCAUACUAUAGUUGCAUUGAUAAGGUAAUGAAUAGAAUAAAUGUGACAUUCAGAAAAGAGUUAGCAAGGUUAAAGAAAACAUGUAUGGGAAACCCUGUUGAUUAGUAAAACAUUUUUGUCCGAAAAUGUAUUAGUAAGCAACAAGGGAUGUCCUAUGUUAUACCAAUUAAGCUUCCUAUAUAUGUUUGUAUAGUGUAUUGUUAGUGUGCGUUAGUAACUUCACUUCCAUGUGAAAUCUAGUUUCAUAAUUUCCUA